AUGUCUCUGUGGUUCCGUCCAGCUUCGUUUUUCCCUCGAGUUGUCGAGGAAGCUAUGCGGGAUUUCCGUCAAAUGGAACGAUUGAUGUUUGCUCCACUAAGCCAAACUCCUUUUGAGAGUAUGAGCGCUGAGCAGGUCACUGGAGAGAGUAUGAGCGCUGAGCAGGUCACUGGAGAGGUAAGCAGAAUUUUAUUUUUUUUUCUCGCCUAUAUUUUCGUUUAUGAGUUUAGUUUUUGCCAUUUUACAGUUUACUGUUUUGUAUUGCGAAAUUUUUUAGAUUCGAAAUUGUGCAGUAUUGCGAAAUCCACUUUGACGUGAUU